CAGACAGAGCCAUGUCUGACAUCCUCGCUCACUAAAAGAGGGAAGGAUUGACACAAAAACAGAGCGACAGAGCAGAAGAAAUAGAGGGAGGCUAGAUAUUGUAGAUGCAAAAGAGAGGCAGGAGGAAAAAAAGAGGCGAAAAGAUGCAGGAGAGCUGCAUCAGUUAUUGUCCACAAGGAAGAAAAAACAUUGUGUUCGUGAAUGGGAGCUGGUGAGCUCAAACCACAAGGCGAGCGCAGUGAGAAACCAGGCAGAAUUCAGUCGCUGCUGUUGCUGAUUACCAAUCCUAUCUCUGCCACUGCAGGUUUGGAUUGAGCCUGGGAGUGAUUUAGCAGAGGAUUCAGGGCUGUUGAUUAGGAUUUGGAGCUUUAUGUUUUAGAAAAUAUGCUGCUGGAGAGGAUUUGAAUGUGCAGGGUUUUUUUCCCCACACAGAACACAGUGUGCAACGUGGAGACUCCUCAGCUCUGCUGUUUUCAGGGCUGCUCCCUUCCCUGCUGCCUCUGGCUCUGCUUGGGCUAUGGUCCUGACUGAGAAGCAGGGCAUCACCCAGAUGCAGGGCACAGACUGUAUGGGAGGUUAAGAGUGAACCCACCAGAAUGGGAGCCAAACAGAUGAAAUGCCUCAGCUCAGCCAGCCCUGCUCACUCCCCCAAAGAAGAAUAUGUUAUCGCCCAGUCCACUGACACCCCUAAAGAGGCAAUAGUCAACGAUCCGUCUGAGGACCAGGGGGAACCAAAGGAUGACAAAUCAGACCUGACAGAGAAGAAAUCUGUCACAGAGGAGGUAUCUCUAUGUGGACUGUGUCCUACCCUGGGGCAUGACGGGCCAGAGGAGGAGAAAUCAUGGGAAGAACAACUGGACGCCCACCAGGAGCAGCUGGAGAAAGAGAUGCAGGAGGCCAGGAGGAUGGUGUUCCGCCUACAGGCUUUGCUGCUCCAUGGCUCGCUCCCGGAGGAGGACCAGGAUGGGUCUGUGAGCUACGGCGAUAACCGGGCUAAUGCUGAGCAGCAGCUGGUUGUAAUCCGCAGUCGUCUGGACCAAAGCAUGGAGGAGGCCCUUGAUCUCAAGAGGGAACUCCUCAGACACAAGCAGGAGGCGCGCCACAUUCAGGCCAUCAAGGAUGCACUGCAGCAGCGCAUGGCAGUGCAGGAGGACGCUGUGCUGCAGCUAAAGCAGGAACUGUUGAGGUGCAACAUGGCCAGAGAUCAGCUGGAAGGGGAAAAUGCAGAGCUCAAACGCAAGUUGAGUGAACGGAACAAAUUACUCAGUGAAUAUGAGCAGCAGCUUGGGAAGAAGGACAGACUCCUGCAGCAACAGCAGCAAAAGCUCGAUGAAGCUCAGCAUAAAACACAUGAAGCCGGUCUUGGAAGGCCAUUUAGAAGUGAAAACGGUGGUUACAGUAACUCUGUGGCUUCAACCUCUCCUCCAGCGUUCCAGCACAAUGCACCGGGGGAGGAGCUGCAGCUGGUGAGGGAGGCCCUGCGCAGUUUGAGAGACAGCUUCUCCGGCCACGACCCCCAGCAUCACACGCUGGACACUCUGGAGCAGGGCGUGGCCAGUCUCAUGGACCGCCUGCACACGUUGGACACCCAGCGCAGGCAGGACAGAGGGGAGGAAUUCAAAUCACCAGGGCGCCGAGCCAAUCCAACAGACCGAGAUUCCUGGCCACCAAGCUCAAAAAUGGCCCACUCGCACAGCAGCCCAGGGUUGGACACAGCCGUCUCCACUAAAGUGCUCUACUUCACUGAUCGCUCUCUCACACCGUUCCUGAUUAACAUCCCAAAAAGGUUGGGCGAAGUGACGCUGCGAGACUUCAAGGCUGCUGUGGACCGACAAGGCAGUUUCAGAUACCACUUUAAAGCCCUUGACCCGGAGUUUGGCACAGUGAAGGAGGAGGUCUUCCAGGAUGGAGCGGUUGUGCCGGGCUGGGAGGGGAAGAUUGUGGCGUGGGUCGAGGAGGAUCAUGGAGAGAGGAGGUAGAGCUGGCAAAGCGGAGAGCACCACUUCAAACCUCAGCUGACCACUGGAAAAAAGACUCCAUUGAAAAUUCAUGUGAUUCCCUAGUAGAGAGUAGUUACAUCCAAUGAACUGGGACCAACCGAUCUGACACCAUUUCAAUACAACACCAUGUUUUCAAAGUGAAUGUUUCAUAUCAACAAUUUGACAUUUUGGUAGCACUUUAUUUGAGAGAACACAUAUUAGACACUAUUUUGCAGCUUAUACAUGUGCUUAAAUGGUAAAUGAUGAACUCAUUGUGGGAGAACCAGCAAUUAAUGGUCAGUAAUGUGAAAAGAGAAAUAUAAUGAAUAAAACCAGCUGCUUGAUUUACAAUACUUAAUAAUACCUGAUGGGUUGUGCAAUUAUAAGCUGUAAUUAGUGCAUAGUAUGCAAAUCUUAAAAUACAGUGUUACUGGCAUUUUUGCAGAAGUUCUAAAUUGCCAAAUAGUGAUUUUGCUGUUCUGCACCAAUUUUGAUGUUUUAAUAAACAUGUAUUGUUGCAUGAA